AUGACCGACAUCCAGCAGAUCGUCCUCGCCCGGCGCCCCGAGGGCGACGUCACCGCCGAUUGCUUCCGCAGCGAGACCGUCAAGCUCCCCGCCCUGGCAGACGGCCAGAUCCUGGUGGCGCAGCGCUUCCUGUCGCUCGAUCCCUACAUGCGGCCGCGCAUGACCGAGCUGCGCUCCUACACGCCGCCCUUCGAGCUCGACAAGCCGCUGACCGGCGGCUCGGUCGGCGAGGUCGUCGAAUCGAAGAACCCGCGCUACGCCAAGGGCGACAUCGUGAUGGGCAUGCUGAACUGGGCCACCCACACGGUCCAUGACGGCAAGGGCCUGCGCAAGAUCGACGCCGCCGGCCUGCCGCUGUCGGCCUAUCUCGGCGUGCUGGGCAUGCCGAGCUUCACCGCCUGGUACGGCAUCAAGCACAUCUGCAAGCCCAAGGCGGGCGAGACGGGGCGGCAGCGCCGGUUCGGGCUGGCCCGAGAGCUUGACCAGCGUGCCGACGAACGUCGUGAGGGAGUCGGCCGAGACCGAGGCGAUGCCGGAAACCUUUGCUGCCGUGCCCAGCUCGCUCAGCGUGCCCUUGAAACCGAGCUUGCCACCGCUGGCCUGCAAGGUGACGUCGGCGCUAUGGCCGUUGGCGCCGCGCGCCCCGACGGCAAGAUCGAGCUUGAGCGGCGCGCCGUUCACGGUGGCGCCGCCGGCCAAAGUAUAGGGUCCGUCGAUCGAGCCGACCGACGCCGAGAAGUUGGCCUUUUCGCCGACCACGGACAGGCCCGCCUUCGAAUCGCUGAAGAUCAGCGUGCCGUUGUCGAUGGUGAGCCGGCCAAGCGACAGCGGCCGGGGCGAACUGGGCUUGGCCGCGGCGGGCUUCGCUUCGGCGACCGACGGCGCGAACUCCCAGUUCGGCUUGCCCUCGGCGUUGAUCUCCAGGACGAUCUUCGGCUCGACCAGCGUCACCUCGCCCACUUCGAUGCUGCCCGUCAGCAGGGCGAGCAGCGAGGGCUUCACGGUGACCGACUUGACCUCGACCAUGUUGGCGUUCUUCGAGCCGGCGGCGUUGAAGAACUUCACGCCGGUCACCGAGACGGUCGGCGUCGGCAGCAGCGAGAGCGAGAUCGGCCCGUCGAUCACGAGAUCGCGGCCGGUCGCGGUCUUCACCUGCGAAACGAUCAGCGGCUU